CAGGUCAGGACAAAGAGGGGAGGACAGAGGAGGGUCCAGAGGCCCCUUGCAGGUGACAGAGUUGGAGUGUUACAGGCUGGACUACCUCAGUGUUGCCCAUUAGGUCAUGACAGACAAGUCAACUACAGACUUCACUUCUGCUCCUGAGUGGCCCUGAGACCGUACCAUUCUCCUGGUCACGGUGACUAGAAGCCUAAGUUAUGACUCUUGGCUCCUCUCUCCCUAGGACAGAGCCUGGAUGGAAGCACCAGGGAAGAAUGGAAGGGCCCUCAAAUCAAAUCCCGCUACUCUUCCACUCUCCUCCUGUCUUCCCGGCUCCUCCUCCAGCAUGUGGCCUCCUCCCCGCCCCCCUAGACUCCUUCUCUCCACCAGAAGGGAGGACCAACAGGUCAGAGUGGGGGUGAGAACCUGGGGAUCAGAAUCAUGGCCUUGCCCUGGGAGUUGGGGGUGGGGAAGCUCUGCUGGGGUGAGGUCAGGGCACUGCCUGCCUCAGUCCUCGCUUCCCCACAUCGUCUCCUGGAUGGGUGCCUUCUGAGCCCUGAUGAGGGUGAAACCCCAGAGCCCUGCCUGCUCCCCAGGUGUCCCUCCCUCUCCUCUCUGCCUGGGCCCAAAACACCUCCUGAGAACCUCCACUCUGGGCAAAUGCCACCCAUUCAGUCACCUCCAGGCAUUGCUUAUGCCGAAACAAGGGGGUUGGAUCAUUCUGAAAGCAACUAGAAGCCAAAGGAGCAAUCCCAGCCAUAACUCUGGAGGGUCAGACCAGGGUGCUGAUAGGGGCCCGAGGGGCAGGGCAGGUGGGAGAAGGACGUGUCACCUGCCCAGCUGCAGGCUUGAGCCCUUCCUCAGGCUUGUUUCUGCCAAAGCCUCUUACUCUGUGUGGCCUGAGAGUCUUUGUCCCAGAAAGUCCAGGUAAGGGUGAGAACCAGCUGGGAGGAAUUUGAUCUGCCACACCCGGAGCCAUGGUCCCCGCCUCUAGGGGGCCUGGAUGUGGGUGGGUGCUCCGGCAGUGGCAGUGUCGCUGACACACAAGCAGGAGGUGUCCUUAGGGAAGCAGCUGAUACGUCCACACAGGCUGAAUGAUUCUUGAGGUGGCUUGGCUGUCUGAUUCCCCGGCGAUGCUGCUCCUGCUGGCCUUGCUGGGGGCUGUCCUGCUGGGGGCUGCCCUGCUUUCCAGGCGACACCCUCCAGCGCGGGACAAGAUCUCCAGGGCACAGAAGCGGAGGGAGGAGGCGCUGCAGCAGAUGGAGGCCCUGGCCCAGCGUCUUCGGCAGCAGGAGCCAGACCUGGACCCUGAGCCCAUCCUGGAGUUGUCCCUGGCAAAGCUGGCCCAGAAGCUGCAGGCUGAGGAGCUGAGUCUGGAGGGCGUCCUCUGCAGCUACCUGGAGCAGGCACUGAGGGUGCACCAGGAGGUGAACUGUCUGACUGAUUUCCUGGGGGAGUGUGAGGAGCAGCUGCAGGCACUGAAGAAGCUUAAGAAGAGUGAGCGAGGCCCUCUCUACGGGGUCCCUAUGAGCCUCAAGGACACGUACGACUGCAUGGGCCAUGACUCAACGUGCGGCAUGGUGCAUUUCCUAGAGAAGCCUGCGGCCAAGGAUGGGGUCGUCGUGAAAGUGCUCAAGGCCCAAGGAGCCAUUCCCUUUGUUAAGACCAACAUCCCACAGACGCUGCUCAGCUUUGACUGCAGCAACCCCAUCUAUGGCCAGACCCUGAACCCAUUGAACUUAAAGAAGACGCCUGGGGGCUCCUCAGGGGGUGAGGCAGCUAUGCUGGCAGAGCGGGGCUCCAUCCUGGGCAUGGGCACUGACACAGGUGGCAGCAUCCGCAUACCGGCCAACUUUUGUGGUGUCUGUGGCCUCCGGACCACCGGAAACCGCCUCAGCUACUCUGGAAUUGCCUCUGCUAUCAAGGGCAAGAAAUCGGUGACCACAGUGGCUGGCCCCAUGGCCCGGGAUGUGGAGAGCCUGGCACUGUGCAUGCGCGCCCUGCUGAGUGAAAACAUGCACCAGCUGGACCCCACUGUGCCUCCCCUGCCUUUCAGGGAGGAGGUGUACUCCAGUAACCGGCCCCUUCGAAUCGGCUACUACGAAUCAGACGGCUAUACCCAGCCAUCCCCUAGCAUGGCCAGGGCCGUGCAGCUCACCUCCAGGCUGCUCCAAGAUGCAGGACACCAGGUCAUCCCCUUCUCCAUUCCUCGCAUAGAGUAUGCCAUCGAACACCUGUACUUUGGGGGUCUGUAUGGCGAUGGAGGGGCCACCCUGCUGGAGAAAUUAGAAGGGGACAUUGUGGACCCCAGCAUAAAGGAGAUGGUCAGCCGUUUACGCCUGCCAGACCCUGUCAAGCGUUUCAUGGUCUGGAUCCUGAAGUACAUAGACCCCCGAGCUAGCCGGGCUUUGGAAGAGACUUGUGGUGUGGGGACACCCAAGAAACUGUGGGAGCAGCAGGCAGCAGUGCAGGACUAUCAGCAAGAGUUCAUAGCCAAGUGGAGGUCCCUGGACCUGGACGUGCUGCUGGCACCAUCGCUGGACCCUGCUUUCUAUAUCGGCUAUCCUGCCAAAGCCACAACAAGCGCCUCCUACACGUGCCUGUACAACAUCCUGGACUUUCCCGUGGGCGUGCUGCCUGUCACUACCGUCACGUCACAGGACGAGGAGGAACUGGCCUUCUACAAGGGGUACUACGGAGAUAAUUCUGACAGAAAUUUCCAGGAGGCUGUGAGAGAAUCCGUGGGACUUCCAGUGGCUGUGCAGUGCAUUGCUUUGCCCUGGGAAGACGAGCUGUGUCUCCGGUUCAUGAAGGAGGUGGAGACCUUGGUCAAGAACCAGAGGGGGCCUGAGUGACAGGCCACUCCUUUUCCUGGAGAUCUCCAUAGAUCCUCACCCAAAUCUGCUCCCAAUGCCCCUAGCUUCUCAUGAAUACCAUAUCCACCUCAUGUCUCUUCUAGGAACCUACCACAUUCCUUUUCUUUGUGGUCCCUCUGUGUGGUGCUUAAUACACGGACUCCCCAGAUCAGCCCAAGAUGGGGAGCAGGGUGAAGGUCUUAAUAAACACUUCUGACUGUC